GGGCUGGCCCUCAGCCUUCCAGCCCCUUUUUCCCCACAUGCUGGGGAAGACAGGGGCCAACAUGGCUCUUCCCGUGGACAUCAGCUGAGCCUGGAAGCUUCACCCCUCAGGAGACCAUGGAAAGGGACGGCAGCCGGAAUGCUUCCCCGGCAAGGACAUCUCCAGUCCGGGCGUCUCCAGCCCGGGCAUCUCCAGCCGGCACGUCCCCAGCCCGGGCAUCUCCAGCUGGCACACCCCCGGCCCUGGCGUCCCCUUCCAGGUCAUCGUCUGCCAGGUCAGCCUCCACGACAUCCUCUCCGACAAGAGUAUAUCUUGUUAGAGCAACACCAGUGGGCGCCGUGCCCAUCCGGGCAUCUCCUGCCAGGUCAGCACCAGCCACGAGGGCCACCGGGGAGAGCCCAGGUAUCAGCCUGCCCAAGUUCACCUGGCAGGAGGGCCGGAAGCGGCUGCCGCUCAUCGGAUGUGUCCUCCUCCUCAUCGUCCUCGUGGUGGCCCUCAUCAUUCUCCAUGGGGGAAGAGAGCCCCAGAGUCCAAGAGGGAUUGCAGUCUAUUUCUGGCGGGGCCACACGGGGAUCAAGUACAAGGAACCAGUGGAGAGCUGCCCCAUCCAUGCUGUGCGCUGUGAUGGGAUCGUGGACUGUAAGCUGCGGAGUGAUGAGCUGGGCUGCGUGAGGUUUGACUGGGACAAGUCUCUGCUUAAAGUCUACUCCGGGUCCUCCCAUCAGUGGCUUCCCAUCUGCAGUGACAGCUGGAAUGACUCCUACUCAGAGAAGACCUGCCAGCAGCUGGGUUUCGUAAGUGCUUACCGGACGACCGAGGUGGCCCACAGGAAUCUUGCCAGCAGCUUCUCGAUCUCCAAAUACAACUCCACCCUUCAGGAAAGCCUCUACAGGUCUGAAUGCCCUUCCCGGCGGUAUGUCUCUCUCCAGUGUUCCCACUGUGGACUAAGGGCCAUGACGGGGAGGAUCGUGGGAGGGGCGCUGGCCCCAGAGAGCAAGUGGCCUUGGCAAGUGAGCCUGCACUACGGCACCACUCACAUUUGCGGGGGCACGCUGAUCGACGCCCAGUGGGUGCUCACCGCUGCCCACUGCUUCUUUGUGACCCGGGAGAAGGUUCUGGAGGGCUGGAAGGUCUACGCAGGCACCAGCAACCUGCUCCGGCUGCCUGAAGCAGCCUCCAUCUCCCAGAUCAUCAUCAACGGCAACUACACGGAUGAGGAAGACGACUAUGACAUUGCCCUCAUGCGGCUCUCCAAGCCCCUGACCCUGUCUGCUCACAUCCACCCUGCCUGCCUCCCUAUGCACGGACAGACCUUCAGCCUCAAUGAGACCUGCUGGAUCACAGGUUUUGGCAAGACCAAGGAGACUGAUGAGAAGACAUCCCCCUUCCUCCGAGAGGUACAGGUCAACCUCAUUGACUUUAAGAAAUGCAAUGACUUCUUGGUCUAUGACAGUUACCUUACCCCAAGGAUGAUGUGUGCUGGGGACCUCCGGGGAGGCAGAGACUCCUGCCAGGGAGACAGCGGGGGGCCCCUGGUCUGUGAGCAGAACAACCGCUGGUAUCUGGCAGGAGUCACCAGCUGGGGCACAGGCUGUGGCCAGAGAAACAAGCCUGGUGUGUACACCAAAGUGACUGAAGUCCUCCCCUGGAUUUACAGCAAGAUGGAGAGGGAGGUGCACUUCCGGAAAUCCUAAGCAGCUGGACUGUCCCACCUCAAGGCACUGGCCAAAGUGACUGGGCCAUCGGCAGUGUCAUCUAGGCUAAAGGCCACCAGGCACCUUCGUUACUCCUACAUCUACUAUCUGCUGCCUCUGUGAAUAUGCACGCACGUGUGUGUAUGUGUGUGUACAUGCGUGCACGCAUGUAGAUGUUGUUACUCUCCCAAGGUCUUCAGAAACCGGAAGAGCUGUCAGCUCUUCGCAAAGCCCAGGCUGGAAGGCAUCUGGAGUUAAUGGUUUGGGCUGUGUGGAGGUUCUGGCAGGGGUAGCCUUAAUGGACAGAGGUGGUGAAGCCCAAACAGGGCCCCAGAGAAGGGCCUGGAAGUCCAUAUUAGGCAUUCUUGCUCCUCUGACCGUGACUUGGAGACGAACCCAGACUGUGUGGUCACCAGCAGCCCCGGGGACACCCAGGUGGCAGAGGGCCUGGGCUGGCCCUGGCGGGAAGUGUCCCCCUUUGAAAGAGCUUCCUGCUCUUUAUCAGACCUCGUGUUGGUACCCGGAUGUUGAGGGCUGGCUGCAUGCAGCAGUCCAGGCUCAGAGGCACUGGGGCAGAUUUUUAUUUUAUUUUUAUAUUCAAGAAAUGGAAGUAGAUGCAUUUUAUAAAGAUUCUCCAAAACUUCCAGGCGCCUGAAGCACUAGCAUCCAUCACCCCAAAGACUCCAAGGGACUUCUGGGAGUUGUGCCAUUCCGGAGUCCUGCAGAAUGUUCCCGACCUCAAGGGACCGGAUGAAGGAGCCGCUUUGGGGUACUUGGUAGGGAGCCCUCAGGCGGGCUGGUGAGCAAAUCCCUCACAGAGAGCCACAUGUGUCGCUGCAUCUGAAGGCCACACCAGGGCGUGAAGAAAUGGCUGCUGCUUCUCCAUGGGCGCCAGAGCCUAAGAGAGUCCGGGUGGACAGGGUUCCCUGUCCAGUGCCCUCCUGGGCCUUUUGCAGUUUCUUUUCCGCUUCUCCGCCUUUCAAAUUCUCAAUUGUUUCAGAAACCGGGCAUUGACCCCAACGCUGCCGUGGAGAGAGAGCGGACACAGUCUCCAGGCCCUCCAAACAGUCAUGUUGAAGGAUCUGAGGUGCCCUGCUCCCGUGAGCCAUCAGUGUGCCUGGUUUCCAUGCCAGCCAGAGGCCUGGGCCUUCCCCAGCCUCUCCUCUGGGCUAACUGUUCUUGCUCAGCCCCAUUCUCCUCACCUUCCUGGGGCCUGCCUCACGGUGCUAUGACUCUCUGAGGCAGGGUCCACGCGGGUCAGCCCAGCCCAGCUCAGGCAGGCAGCAAGACUGGACAGGGGCCGAGGGGGCCGGUUGCGUGUUAUCAGGGCUGGGGGUGGGGGAGGGCAAUGUUCAUGUCUACAGCAGCCCCGACAAUGGUCUUCAGCAAUAAAAGUUGUGUAACCUGAAAAA